AUGAGUUAUUUUGAUUUUCAGAGAAUCGGCGCUGUAGCGUCUUUGUUUGGAAUUGAUGAAAUUUCAAUACAACAAGGAUUUUGUUCUAACGUAUCUGUAACUGUAACUACAGUAAAUGGAGUAUCAAAAUCAACUAUUCCGAUAAGAACGACUGAAUCAGAAACAUCAAUGACAAUCACAAUGGAAUCACCUAUAAUUACUACUGAUAAGUCGACAAUCAUCAGUGAUGAAACCAUUACAUCGAUAAGUGCGAAAUCUGAAGAUAUAUUGCAUAAGUAAACUGUUAGUUUUAUCUGAUACUGUUUUACUAAAUUUUUUCAGGAAUAGAGAAAAUAUACUUUUUUUCUUAUUUCGUUUGAAUUUUUCGUCAAUACUAAAUGAAAAUUCAUUUUCUGAAGGUCACGUCUUCGACGAAAGUGAAUAUAAAUCAAUUUACAAGCAGAUUACAAUAAACAUAUUUUACAAUGUCAAUAUCUGAGUUGUGAUUUUGUUUUUUAAAUUGUGUUGAACUGUACAUUUACAAUCAUGACCAUAUAGUUAUGCUCGAAUCAUGUUUGAUUCAAUCCUUUAAAAUACUUAUAAAACAGUUUGGUUGACUUUAUUUCUAAAUUAUUUUCUAAAAUUAGCGUCGUUUUACAGCAUGAAGCCUGAAAUUUUUAGAAAAUGAUUUCUAAUUAUACCAACAUUGGAAUAAUAUAUGAAUCCUAAAAACAAUAAUUAACCAUGGUUGAAAAUAUAGAACAAGUGAAUAUUUCUUUUAUUUGUCAUAUUGAAAUCCGACAUUUUUCCUAUGAUACCGUUUUGAUAGCUUAAGUAGCGAUACAUAUCUCAAUAAAAUAGUUUUUGUUUUUUUUUGAACAUUUCUGCUGUGUUGUUUUUAGCUUUCUACUACAGUCAUGUCAAGCCCUAUUUUUAAUGUAAUAAAUUCAAGUACGACAACCAUGGAAAUAAUAACUGAUGCUGCAAAAAAAACAACGACAUCAAAAUCGAUGCCAACUGGAAUAUCAACGAGUAUAAUCACUGAAAAUAUUGAACUACCUUCAGUAGCAAAUCUUUCUCAUGUGACAACAACUGCUAUCGAUUAACAACCCACGUCGAAUUCCCAAACGCUUAUUAUUAUUUUAGCUGCUACUACUAUUCCUAUAGGCAUAUCUGAAGUUAUUCUUCUAAUCACUAUCAAUUAUGCAUACCCAUGUGUUUCAUUACGAUGAAACUGUGGCGCAGUUACGCCGUAACUGCGAUCGCACUGUGACCCGUAAUUGCGGAAAAUUACGACGUAGGUACGCGUAACUACGAUGAAAAGAUCGCAG